AACUCCAGGACGAGACCGGAGCGACCCGCGCAGCGAGCAUAGGCGGCCAGGCUGCGCCCGGCGCCCGAGACCGGCGGCUGCGGGGGGCGGGGGCUGCGCCCGAGCCCGAUCCGCCGCUCCGGCUCCGAGCAGUGGUGUCGGGGAAAGGGUCGUUGUCCAGCACAGAUGCGUUCGCCCGAGGCAGCCCUGGAGGUUCGCGUGGAGGCGUAAAGCCUGGGGCUUCCAAUGAUACUCUGGGCAGCGAUGGAAGCCUAGAUGCCUCACCGCAAGGAGCGGCCGAGCGGGUCCUCGCUUCACGCCCACGGCAGCGCCGGCACUGCGGAGGGAGGAAGCAUGUCCCGGUUGUCUCUUACCCGGUCGCCCGUGUCUCCCCUGGCCGCCCAGGGGAUCCCACUGCCAGCCCAGCUCACCAAGUCCAACGCGCCCGUGCACAUCGAUGUGGGUGGCCACAUGUACACCAGCAGCCUGGCCACGCUCACCAAGUACCCUGACUCCAGAAUAAGCCGCCUCUUCAAUGGCACUGAGCCCAUCGUCCUGGACAGUUUAAAGCAACAUUAUUUCAUCGACCGGGAUGGGGAGAUUUUCCGCUACGUCCUGAGCUUCCUGCGGACGUCAAAACUGCUGCUCCCGGAUGACUUCAAGGACUUCAGCCUGCUCUACGAGGAGGCGCGGUACUACCAGCUGCAGCCCAUGGUGCGCGAGCUGGAGCGCUGGCAGCAGGAGCAGGAGCAGCGGCGCCGCAGCCGCGCCUGCGACUGCCUGGUGGUGCGGGUCACACCGGACUUGGGUGAGCGGAUCGCGCUCAGUGGCGAGAAGGCCCUCAUCGAGGAGGUUUUCCCCGAGACUGGGGACGUCAUGUGCAACUCCGUCAACGCUGGCUGGAACCAGGACCCCACGCACGUCAUCCGCUUCCCGCUCAACGGCUACUGCCGGCUCAACUCCGUGCAGGUCCUGGAGAGGCUGUUCCAGAGGGGCUUCAGCGUGGCCGCAUCCUGUGGGGGCGGCGUGGAUUCCUCCCAGUUCAGCGAGUAUGUGCUUUGCCGGGAGGAACGGCGACCGCAGCCCACCCCUACUGCGGUCCGGAUAAAGCAGGAGCCCCUGGACUAGGCCCUGCCUCAGUGCCCACCUGAGGCCAUGUGGCCCUGGGGGUCCCCCCCAGGGCCCCGGAAACGGCACUGGGGAGCUCUGCCUGUGCCUGCUUAGCGGUGGGCAGGAGACUGAGGGUGGGGCUGGAGGGUCCAAAGCCAGCCCAGGGAGCCCCAGGGAGCCCGGCAACAGAACGUGGGACGCCAGAGGCACGCCUGCGGAAGGACCGUUGAUGUGACCCAAAGAUGCUGCGGUGGGGACGCUUCUGGGGGCACUGUGCCUCCCCGGCCCAGCACAGCCUUCCGCGAGGCAGGGUCGGCAGCGGCCUCCCGGCCCGCUCCAGAGGAGCCGUUCAUCCUUCUCCACGCGUGGCGGACUCCGCCGGGCCUCCUUGCGUCACAGAUGGCUUAUUUUUCUACAGUAUUUAAGACGGAAGUAACUAACUGCACAAGCCAGAGAGGCCGACAGGGACCAACGCUUCUUCAUGUGGUGCUCAGUUCUUAGCUGGAUGUGCCGCGUGCUCCCCGUGGCCCAGGGGCCCGCAGAGUGGGGCUUGGGAGACCCCUGGCCCCUGCUCCAGAGAUGGAUGCAAGAGUGGCGACACCAUAGCAACUGAAGAAGGGCUCCUGGGGGGCAGGGCUGCCCGGAGGAGGGCUGGGUGGGUGUGGGGGGAUGGGUGGCUCUGGAACCAUCUGAGACCCUCACCUUUGCUGCCACCCAGGGUGCAGGCCACACUUGGGGAGUCACCUGACCCAACGGUACCCAGGGGCUUCCAGACCAGCCACAGGGCCACACCGCAUCCUUACCUCAGGAACGGGCCCCACGGCAAAGGGGCCCAUGUGUCAGCGUUCUUCAGGUCCCCAGCUCAGGAAGCCGUCCCCAGCUCCGAUUUCCCCACACUAAUAUGCACACUGAAUUUGCAUUAAACUGUUCCAGCCAGCCAAUAAGACUGGGACACAAGGCAUACCUGGGGCUGCUGGCCCCUGAUUCCAACAAGGACUGGCCCCCGGGGUCCUCACAGACCUGCUCCCUCCCAGACGACAGGCCCAAAGAUGGACACCUCGGCCUUGUCACCCUUCCCUGCGCGCUGGCUCCCCAUCUCCCCCAACCCCCCCCCCCGGUGGGGAGACCUCGGAGGGGCGCCCCCAACGGCACCGUGCUGUGUAACAAUGCCUGUAGACUUGUAUAUGACUCCUUUAAUAUUGUAAAGAUGCCGAUGUACAAUUGUCGUGUGUUUGUGUAAACACAUUACGUUCCUAGUUCAUGCCAUAAAUGAUGCUAUAAAGCGAA